AUGAAUUCAGAUUCGGUUGAAAAUUUAUUUAUUUCAAGAAUAUCAAAGGAUGAUCCAGAAGCAAUAUUUCAAAUUGUAGAAGUAGUUGGAUCAGGAUCAUUUGGUACAGUUUGUGCAUGUAGAUGGAUGAAAAAGAAGGAUAGAGAAUCCAAUGGCAAUAGAUUGAUAGCAUGUAAAUUUGUAGAGGUUAAUGCAGAUGAUGUAGAGACCAAUUUGAAUUUAGUGAAAGAGAUUGACAUUUUGAAGGAAUCAAUGGAUUGUCCAUACAUUGUAGAGUAUAAAGGUUGUUAUUUAAAGUCAUCUAUGCUUUUAAUUGUUAUGGAAUAUUGUAAGGGUGGUUCAUUAUUGGAUAUUAUAGAGUUAUGUGGUAAAAGAUUGAUAGAGGAAGAGAUUGCAGCAGUUUGUGCAGGUGUUGUAAAGGGAUUGGUUUAUCUUCAUUCAAAACGUACCACUCAUCGUGAUAUCAAAGCUGGUAACGUUUUAUUGGACGAAGAAGGUUUACCUAAAUUAGCCGAUUUCGGUGUAUCAACGAUCGCUGAACAAGGUCAAAAAAUGAACACUGUUAUUGGUUCACCCUAUUGGAUGGCACCAGAGAUCAUUAUGGGUCAAGGUUAUGAUCAAAAGGCUGACAUUUGGUCAUUGGGUAUCACCGCAAUUGAAAUCGCCGAAUUGGUACCACCAAGAUUCGAUGUACCACCUUCACGUGUAAUCUUUACCAUACCUCAUCAACCACCACCUUCCCUUAAGAUACCCUCUGAUUGGUCACCAGAGUUUAAUGACUUUGUUAAGCAAUGUCUCUCAAUGAAUCCUGCACUUCGUCCUUCUGCUCAACAAUUGUUAAGUCAUCCUUUUAUUCUCAAAGGUUCCUCUCAACAAAUUCUACAAAAAUUAGUCAAUGAAUCAAUACCUCUACUCAAAGAGAAGCGUGCUGAAAAAAUUAGACAACUCGAAGAACAAGAACAACAAAGAAAUAGUAGUGGUAGUAAAAUGGUCUCAAGUGUACCAACUAGAGCCUCUCAAGCUUUAACAAAUGUUAGAAACGCUGAAUCUUUAAAGGGUUCUGUUGUCAUCUUAAAUUCAAAUACAAAAACCGCUUCCAUCAUGCGUAACAAAAAUCCACAACCACCACCACCUUCUCAUAGUAGCGGUGCUGGUGGUGCUGCUGGUUCAACAAGAAGAGUGCCUGGUAAUAAAAGUGUUUUAAAUAGAUAUCCACCUGCAAAUAAUGUUAGCAAUGGAACUAUAGCUCCCUCUCCUAUUAAUAAUAAUAAUAAUAAUAAUAAUACUACUACUAAGGUUGGUAAAGUAAGCUCUCCUUUCCUUCAACAACAACAACAACAACAACAACAAAAUAAUAAUAAAAAUCCUCCACCAAAACCAACAACACCAUCUCCAAAUAAAAAAAUUGGUGAUAAUAUAUCGAAAACUACUCCAACAACUCCAACUACAACACAACCCAAUACCUCAACUACUACCAAAACUGGAAGUAGUUUAAAUAUUAAACCAACUAAUAACGUAAAUAGAAGUACCAUUAGUAUAGGUCAACAAAAAUCACCACUUCAAAGCUCUGAAAGAGAGGCAUCAUAUGAUGAAGAAAGUGUUAGUGUUAUUUAUCAUGGUAGUGAGGACGAAGAAGAUGAGGAAGAGUUUAAUCAUGAAGAUUAUGAAGAAAUUAAUGUUAAUAUAUAA